AUGCUGCCGAUCGUGCGGGUCAUCUUUGCAAGAUGGUACGGGUUCUACUAUGCUGUCCCGUUCCUCCGAGAGACCAUGGACCGGAUCUCAUCCAGUCUAGCCAGCAAGCUGCGGUUCAACUUUGGGGACCGAAUCCACAAAGACGUCCUAGCAGCAUACAGACCGAGGUUUCUGCUGCGGCUCUAUGAGUUCGAGAACUCGGACGUGUGCAGGCAGAUCCGUGAAGUGAUGAGCGUGCUAGACCUUGAUUACAUCUGCUACCCCUGCCCCAGGGAGCAGGGUCGUUGGAGGUGUGAGGCUCAGCAGAAGGGGGGGAAGUGCGACCUGCCGCUGCUUGUCGACCCGAACACAGACUCCAUUGUGCACACCAGCGACAUCAUCCCUUACCUGUGGGAGACUUACGGGCCACUCUGCGGCGAGUUGGACGUCACUGUGGUGGAAGCCAAAACCUGA